GAACCCUAGCCGAUCGUGGGGAUCCGCAGGCGCCGCCCCUCCCCUGCGGCAACACCUACCCCUUCCCUGCUCCGCUCCCGCCUGCCACCACCACUCUCCCCCGCCGCCAUCCCCCGCGACAGCCCGCUGCCCCAUACCUCCCGUCCUGCUCCGGCCACCACGACUCUCCUCCGUCGUCAUCCCCUGCGACAGCCCCCUACCCCACACCUCCCGUCCGGCUCCGGCCACCACGAUCUCCUGCGGCGGUCCCCUACCCCACACCUGCCGUCCGGCGCCAACCCCUGCGACAGCCCCCUAUCCAAUACCUGCCGUUCGCCGCUGGCCACCACACCAUCCCUUGCGACAGCCCCCACUGCAACCCCUGCCAUCCGCCGCCGGCCUCCAUCGCUCUCCUUCGUCGCCACCUCCGCUGCCUGGGUUAAUAUGCCUGGCUGCGUUUCGGGCGAAAUAAUCUCGCGGGAGACGGAGUUGAUUUGCUUCUGUUCGUGCGGCAGGCGCAGUCUAAAAGGAGUAAUUUUUUUUCCGGAGGAGUCUGUCUGUUGAGAAGUUGUAAUCGGGAUCCUCUUCCUCUCCUCUAAUAAUCUCCUCCCUUUUGUAGGAAUUGUGCAAUCGGGGAAGAGAAGAGAUAAAUUUCUGUUUGUGCGGCAAGGGCUGUCCAAAAGGAGGAAUUUUUCCGGGUCUAUUAAGGAGUUGUAAUCAGGAUCCUCCCCCCUCUCCUUUAAUAUCUCCUCCCUUCUGGACUAGAGCUGGCCUUAAUAAAUAGAGAGUCGGAGGAGUAGGAAGGGCCCCUCGUCGAUCGAAUAAGUUGGCGUCCCUGAUUUGAUUUUUGCCGGCGAUUAGUCUCCUUUCUUGCGCCGGCCUAAAUAAGCAGAGGAGGAGUAGUAGGGGGGAUUCGAAUAUGGGCAGAUCAGGCAUCUGCCGCUUGUCGCAGAUCCAAUAAGGUCGAUCCAAAUAGUUCAGGCGUCUCAUCAUCAAGAACAGUUUUUUCAACAAGACCAGUUGAUCUGAUCAGCCAUGACGAAGAAAAGACGUCACCGCAGAAACAACGUAAAUGCAACACAGAAAGCAACUCUCAACAAAGACGCUGCUGGCAGCGAAGAAGUCGGAGACAGGCUUAGCAAGCUGCCUAAUGACAUUCUACUCAACAUUCUGGAGAGGGUGGACACGCUCGAUGCAUUUGCUGGCCUCAAGCGCCUGUGGCUGCGCAAUAUGAGGUUUGGUGAAAGUGACAUACCCAACAUCCUCAGCACUUGCAAGCUCUUGGAGUCUUUGCAUUUAACCAAUUGCGACUCGGGGAUGAAUUCUGUGGUGCAACUAGAACAUGCUAAACUUACUGAGCUCGAGGUCAAGUAUGGGAAAUUUGAGAUAGUUGAGCUGACAUGUCUACCAAAACUCCAACGGGUGAGCUAUAAGGGCUGGUUCAACUCUCAUAAAGGUCCCCUGUAUUUUGGUUUUGUACCACAGCUUUCAAAGUUGAGGCUUACUAAAAUUGGCACCCGACCAACUAGGACUCUUGAGUUAAGUCAGCUCCUUGAUAAUGUUCCUCACAUAGGCAACCUGCAUCUGGAUUUUCAAAGUGAAAAGAUUUGGGUUCUGCCAGAAAGCCCGAAGCUGCUCAGGCCUGUGCUCAGCCAACUACAGCAGGUGAAUCUGGACAAUCUUUCUGAAGGAUGUGAUUUAGCUUGGACAAUGUUUAUUCUUGAAGCUGCACCGUCCCUAAAAGAGCUCUGCAUCACAGUCUUGGAUCAUUGGUGCAAUAUGGUGAUGAGAGACAAAGAGUUCCGGAAGAACAAUGGUUUCUGUGAAAAGGCAGACGUGGAGUGGAAACCACCCCCCCCCCCCCCCCCCCCCCUGAUUUCAAGCACAAGAAUCUGGUUAAGCUCACCAUCUAUGGCUUCCAACCCGACGACAUCUUUGUGCGAUUCAUCAGGUGUGUCAUGGAACAUGCGGUUAAUAUGGCAGAGAUAUCUCUGCAUGACAGGAAAAAGGUAUGUCUGCGCUGUGGUGUCUUGGAUCCCGAGAUGAAGUACCCAUCGAGGUAUCCACGGAAUGCUGAUGAACGCACACAUAUCACUGAAGAAUUGGGGAGGUCUUUGCCUGCUAUGGUUCGCUUGUGGACGUAAUUGACAAAAAGAGAUGUACUACCUAGUAGUCUCUACUCCUAAUGUCUCAGUUGGUAGUCUCCGUUCCGGGUUUA